UUUCAGAUCCAGAGAGCUUGGAUUGACAGAACCUUCCAGAAGAGGGAAUGUAUCCAGAUCAUUCCCAGCAAAGACCCCAGCAGGUGCAGCUGUGGUCAGCUGGUGGCACAGCACACCGCCAUCCCUCUGGGGGCCAAAGAGGAUGGGGCCCCACUGGUCCAGCUGGAAGUCCAACCUACGGAGAGAUGGAGUGCCCUCAAACACACCCAGGUCUCCCCCACUGAUGCCUACGGGGUGCUGGAGUUUCAGGGAGGAGGACAUGUCAACAAGGCCAUGUACAUCAGGGUCUCCUUUGACUCCAAACCAGAUUCCCUGCUCCACUUGAUGGUGAAGGACUGGCAGCUGGAGCUUCCCACGCUACUCAUCUCUGUUCAUGGAGGCCUCCAGAACUUUGACCUGCCUCCCAAGCUGAAGCAGGUCUUUGGUAAAGGGCUGAUCAAAGCUGCUGUCACCACUGGAGCCUGGAUCUUCACUGGAGGAGUCAGUACAGGAGUUAUCCGCCAUGUUGGCGAUGCUCUGAAAGACCAUUCUUCGAAGUCCAGAGGGAAAGUUUGUGCUAUUGGGAUUGCACCAUGGGGGAUUGUGGAGAACAAAGAAGACCUGAUUGGGAGAGAUGUGACCCGGCCUUAUCAGACAAUGUCCAACCCACUCAGCAAGCUGUCAGUCCUGAACAGCAGCCACUCCCACUUCAUCCUUGCCGAUAACGGGACGUGUGGAAAGUACGGCGCUGAGGUUCGCCUCCGCCGGCAGCUGGAGAAGCAUAUCUCUCUGCAGAAAAUCAACACACGUCUUGGUCAGGGGGUCCCAGUGGUUUGUCUAAUCGUAGAAGGUGGUCCAAAUGUCAUCUCAAUCGCACUGGAGAGCUUGAAGGAGGAGCCCCCUGUCCCAGUGGUGGUCUGUGAUGGCAGUGGUCGAGCUUCAGACAUCCUUUCGUUUGCUCACAGAUACUGCGAGGAAGAUGGGUGAGCUGAACGAAUGUAAAAGCCAGGCUUA